AUGGCUGGACGACCUCCUGGGGGUCCGCGUGGCGGCCAGUCGUCGCAUGCCGGCGGUGAACUGCUGCUAGACCUCGACAACGAACAGCCCGUCUACAGCCAGGGCCAGCGAUCCACGCUCAACGAUGAUGAUCUCCUGAGAAACUACAACCAGGCCCAAGACGCCCCCAGCCGCCCCUCCGUCUCCUACGACGACUUUGUCGGUGCGACCAACGCCACGCACAGCUCUCCAAUCCGCCCGCCCGGUGCGGGCACUGCACAAUCCGCCGACUCCUCCCGCCUCGAUGCCGCCGGCCCAUACAUAAACCGUCAGUACAGCCAGACAUCUGAGCUUGGCAACUACCAGCGCUAUGCCGACGACCUCGACGACUACCCUUCCGAUCGCGCGUCAUACUACCAGAAUGACGGGUCUUCGACCGUAGGAGGCCGCGCGACAGCUGGGCGGCAAGCAGCGCGCAACCGCAACAGCGUCCUUGGCCUUGGCGGGGGCUUCCUGGGCCGCUUCCGAAAUCGAAUGAGCCGUGGCCAAGGCUACUCCGAGAUGGAUCUGCCGCUGACUGAGGGAGGUCACGAUAGAGGCAACGGUGCACCGCCUCCACAACAAAAGAAAAGCGGCGGCGGUGCCGGCGGAUUCGAUCUAGGAAACUUCAAAUUUGGGUUCGGUUCCCGUAAACCCGAUCCUUCGACCCUAGGCCCUAGAGUCAUCUACCUCAACAACCCUCCCGCAAACGCCGAGAAUAAGUACGUCGACAAUCAUAUAUCCACAGCCAAGUACAACUUUGCCACCUUCCUACCAAAAUUCCUGUUCGAACAAUUUUCCAAAGUCGCCAACGUCUUCUUCUUGUUCACGGCGGCACUGCAACAAAUUCCUGGUCUUUCGCCCACGAAUCGAUACACCACCAUCGCUCCUCUGCUUAUUGUGCUCUUGAUAUCUGCUGGUAAAGAAUUGGUGGAAGAUUACCGAAGAAAACAGGCCGAUAAUGCGCUCAACACCUCGAAAGCACAAGUCCUUCGAGGCUCUAGCUUCACGCAGACAAAAUGGAUCAACGUGGCAGUCGGUGAUGUCGUUCGAGUCGAAUCAGAGGAGCCUUUCCCUGCGGAUUUGGUCCUCUUGGCCAGUUCAGAACCAGAAGGUCUUUGCUACAUUGAAACCGCAAACCUUGAUGGCGAAACGAAUCUCAAAAUCAAGCAAGCUCUUCCCGAGACUUCAACUAUGGUCUCUCCCAGCGAGUUGAGUCGUCUCACGGGCCGCAUCAAGUCUGAACAACCAAACAGCAGUCUAUAUACAUACGAGGCCACUUUCACUAUGCAAUCCGGUGGCGGCGAGCGUGAGCUUGCUUUGAACCCGGAGCAACUCGUUCUUCGUGGUGCUACUUUGAGAAACACCCCUUGGAUUCAUGGUGUGGUCGUCUUUACUGGUCACGAGACAAAGCUGAUGCGCAAUGCUACAGCUGCUCCCAUCAAGCGAACCAAGGUGGAGCGACAGGUCAACUCCCUUGUACUGAUCCUUGUAGGCAUGCUUCUUGUCCUCAGUGCUGCUUGUACGGUUGGCGAUUUGGUUACGCGCCAAGUUAGUGGUCACAACUAUGGCUACCUCUAUCUGGACAAGAUUUCUGGUGUUGGAAUCGCCCUGAAGACUUUCUUCAAGGACAUGGUGACGUAUUGGGUUCUUUUCUCUGCCCUCGUUCCCAUCUCGCUCUUCGUUACGGUUGAACUGGUAAAAUAUUGGCAUGCUAUCCUCAUCAACGACGAUCUGGACAUGUACUACGACAAGACAGAUACCCCCGCCACUUGCCGAACGUCUAGCUUAGUUGAGGAGUUGGGCAUGGUCGAGUAUGUAUUUUCCGACAAGACUGGUACUCUGACUUGCAACAUGAUGGAGUUCAAGCAAUGCUCCAUUGGUGGCAUCAUGUACUCGGACAAUGUCCCCGAGGACCGGCGUGCUACCUCUCCGGAUGACAUCGAGAAUAGUAUUCACGACUUCAACCGACUCAGAUCGAACUUGGCAGAGGGUCACUAUACUGCAGACGCAAUCGAUCAUUUCCUCGCCUUGUUGGCUACUUGCCACACCGUCAUCCCAGAGGUAGACGAGAAAGGCAGAAUCAAGUAUCAAGCAGCUUCGCCCGACGAGGGUGCGUUGGUCGACGGCGCAAAGACACUCGGAUACACAUUCUUUGCCCGUAAGCCCAAAGCAGUCAUCAUUGAGGUUGGCGGACAGGAGCUGCAAUACGAGCUUCUGGCCGUCUGCGAGUUCAACUCCACCCGCAAAAGAAUGUCGACAAUUUACCGCUGCCCCGAUGGAAAGAUUCGCUGUUACUGCAAGGGCGCUGAUACGGUCAUCCUGGAACGCCUGCACGACCAGAACACGCAUGUGGAUGCCACCUUGCGGCACCUAGAAGAAUACGCCUCUGAAGGGUUGCGAACACUGUGCUUAUCUAUGCGAGAAGUCCCAGAGCAGGAAUUUCAAGAAUGGCAACAAAUUUUCGAAAAGGCCGCCACCACCGUCGGUGGCAACCGAGCCGACGAGCUUGACAAGGCGGCAGAGAUUAUCGAGCACGACUUUACCCUGCUUGGCGCGACUGCCAUCGAAGAUCGUCUCCAGGACGGUGUUCCCGAGACCAUCCACACCCUCCAAGAAGCCAACAUUAAAGUAUGGGUCCUCACUGGCGACCGGCAGGAAACCGCAAUCAAUAUUGGCAUGAGCUGCAAGCUUCUCAGUGAAGACAUGAUGCUCCUGAUUGUCAAUGAGGAGUCGAGCGAGGCGACGCGGGACAACCUUCAGAAGAAACUUGACGCGAUCCGCACGCAAGGCGACGGGACGAUUGAGAUGGAGACGCUGGCACUCGUCAUUGAUGGCAAGUCGCUGACGUUUGCGCUGGAAAAGGACCUGGAGCAGCUGUUCCUCAAGCUGGCCAUCAUGUGCAAAGCCGUCAUCUGCUGCCGCGUGUCGCCGCUGCAAAAGGCGCUCGUGGUGAAGCUGGUCAAAAAGUACCAGCGGGGCUCGAUCCUGCUCGCGAUUGGCGACGGCGCCAACGACGUGUCCAUGAUCCAGGCGGCGCACAUUGGCGUGGGCAUCAGCGGUGUCGAGGGCCUGCAGGCGGCGCGGAGCGCCGACGUGUCGAUUGCGCAGUUUCGCUACCUGCGCAAGCUGCUCCUCGUACACGGCGCGUGGAGCUACCAGCGCAUCAGCAAGACGAUCCUGUUUUCCUUUUACAAGAACAUUACGCUGUAUCUGACGCAGUUUUGGUACGCCUUCCAAAACGUCUUCUCUGGGCAAGUCAUUUACGAGUCGUGGACGCUCUCCUUUUACAACGUCUUCUACACCGUCUUCCCGCCACUGGCUAUUGGUAUCCUCGACCAAUUCAUCUCGGCGCGGCUGCUCGACCGCUACCCGCAGCUGUACACGAUGGGCCAGCAGAACCAGUCGUUCAAGCUCAAGGUGUUUUGGCAGUGGAUCGCCAACGCCGUGUACCACUCAAUUGUGCUCUACAUCUUUGCCGAGCUCAUCUGGUACGGCGACAUGGUGCAGGGCGACGGCAAGACGGCCGGCCACUGGGUUUGGGGCACGGCGCUCUACGGCGCCGUGCUGCUCACCGUCCUCGGCAAGGCUGCGCUUGUCACCAACAACUGGACAAAGUACCACGUCAUGGCCAUUCCCGGCAGCAUGGCCGUCUGGAUCGUCUUCAUUGCCGCCUACGGUACCGUCGCGCCCAUGAUCCCCUUUUCGGUCGAGUACCACGGCGUCGUGCCCCGGCUCUACAGCAGCCCCGUCUUUUGGCUGCAGACGGUCGCGCUCGCCGGCCUCUGCCUGCUCCGCGACUUUGCCUGGAAGUACGCGAAGCGCAUGUACCGCCCCCAGACCUACCACCACAUUCAAGAGAUUCAAAAGUACAACAUUCAAGAUUACCGACCCAGGAUGGAGCAGUUUCAAAAGGCCAUUCGCAAGGUUCGACAGGUGCAGCGCAUGCGGAAGCAGCGCGGCUACGCCUUUUCCCAGGCGGACGAGAGCCAGACCCGUGUCCUGCAGGCCUACGACACCACCAAGAACCGUGGCCGGUAUGGCGAAAUGGCCAGCUCACGUCCGCAAUAG